CCCUAACUUCCACCCCCUCUCUCCGACAGCAAAUCGAGUCUCCGGACGUGAAUACCAUACCCAAAGUCACCAAAUAAACGAUUUAGUGGCCCGGCGCCCUCAUCAGCAGCUACAAUGGUUCUCGAGGCUGUUAUGGUGGUUGUGGACAACAGCGAAAGCAGCCGAAAUGGAGACUACCAGCCAACCAGAUUUGACUCACAAGUUGACGCCGUAAAUGUGCUGUUUCAAAGCAUCACUCAGGGCAACCCGGAGUCAUCUGUCGGCCUGAUGAGCAUGGGUGGGAAAGGCCCCGAAGUGCUCGUCACCCUCACCACAGAGCAGGGCAAGAUCCUGGAAGGCCUGCACAGGACAAAGAAGAAGAUUGGUGGAUCGUCUCACCUAAAGACAGGCAUCCAAAUUGCGACGCUCGCCCUCAAGCACCGACAGAACCGAUCCCAGCGCCAACGAAUAAUAGCAUUUGUUUGCUCCCCCGUCGAAGACCAGGAGAAGGAGCUAGUGCAGCUAGCUAAGAAGAUGAAGAAAGGCAACAUUUCCGUCGAUUUCGUUCUGUUCGGUGACCUCGACGAUGACGCCACGCAGAAGAAGCUUCAGGCAUUCAACGAGGCUGUCAAAGGCAACGAGGGUUCACACUUGGUGGUCAUCCCGCCCAGCAGCAAGCUGUUGAGUGACCAGCUGAUCUCGACGCCCAUUAUGCUUGGCGAAGGGGCUGGAGCGGGCGCCGGCGGUGCUGGUGGCAACGAUGAGUUCGAGUUUGGAUUUGAUCCGGCGAUUGAACCCGAGCUGGCUCUUGCUCUGCGCAUGAGCAUGGAGGAAGAGAAGGCCAGGCAAGAGAAGUUGGCAAAAGAACAAGAAGAGGAAGCGAAGAAGGCGUCUCUAGAAAGUGUCAAGGAAGAGAACGAAGCCAGUGGCAGUGGAGGUGGUGCGGACAAGGACAAGGACCGCGGUGAUAAGAUGGAUACUUCUUAAUGCGCAUCACGGUCUUGGUGCCUUGACUAAAAGUGUAUACUAAAUAUCCAGCUCCAGUGGAACCUUAGAGGAGAACGGUAGACAUGAUAAUCACGAUUAAUUUGAGG